AUGAUGGAAAUGGAGUUAUUUGACGUCUGGGGCUUCGACUUCAUGGGAUCCUUCGUGAGCUUAUAUGGGAUGAAAUACAUUCUAGUCUCCAUUGAUUAUGUAUCUAAAUUAGUUGAGGCAAUUGAUUUGACUGAUAAUGAAGGAAAAAGAGUUUUUGCGUUCCUCAAAAGGAACAUAUUCUCUCAUUUUGGGGUGCUACGCACCAUAAUAAGCGAUGGUGGAUCACAUUUUUGCAGCCGAGUAUUUAGGGCUACCUUGACAAAGUAUGGUGUUAAGCAGUAUAAGGUGGAAACUCCAUACCACCCACAAACUAGUAGGCAAGUGGAGAUUUUAAAAAGAGAGAUCAAAGCCAUUCUUGGUAAAACGGUGAAUGCAAGCAGACAAAAUUGGUCUAGGAAGCUCGAUGAUGCCUUGUGGGCAUAUAGAACAGCUUCCAAGACACCUAUCAUCAUUUCACCAUACCAAUUGGUUUAUGGUAAGGUAAAUGAAAAUGUUGCUAAAAAUUCACAAAAGUCUGAGUACUUGAAAGAAAUAGUUGUUGAACAAGAGAAGAAGAAGAUGCUGACAUUGCCCUUCCCUCAGAGGAAAAUUAAAGCGAAGGAGAAUUCUAUGUUCAAGAAGCUUUGUGAUACAUUUAGAGAGCUUCACAUCAACUUACCUUUGUUAGAUAUUUUGUGGAGUAUGCCCAAGUACGCAAAGUACUUAUGGGAUGUGUUAGCGAAGAAAGUGAAAUUGCAGGAUGUGGGAGCAAUCAUACUCACUGAGAGUGUAGCACUGUGA